AUGCAUAUUAUUUCGUCAGUAUCUAUCUACCUAUCUAAAAUACAUGUUCAUAGAUAUUUUCAAUAUGUUCCAUCUCUUUUCUCUCUCUUUAUCUAUCUAUCUAUCUAUCUAUCUAUCUAUCUAUCUAUCUAUCUAUCUAUCUAUACGGUCAAUUUUCGUAUCUUUCUUCUUUUCUAUAUUUUACUCUUUCAUUCAUAUAUUUCCUGUUUCUCCUUUUCAAUCUUUUACACCCAACAUUUUUGUCUUCCACCUCCUUUUAAAUCGAAACCUCUUUGGUUUACACGAUCUGUUUUUUCUAUCCCUUCUUUAUCUCCAUUUACUCAUUCUUUAAAACUUUCUUUUCAUCUUUUUACACUAAUAUUCUUCAGUCUUUUAUUUCUCCUUUUGUUAUUGUCUUUUACUCUUUCCUUUUCUUCUUCAUUCUAUACCACCUUUUUAUUCCUUCUUUUAAAUUACUAA